AUGAUGAAUUUGCCAAUUGCUGUUGUCGGGACUGCCUGUCGAUUUCCAGGCAGUGUAACCUCGCCCUCCCAGCUUUUUGAGCUACUAAGCAACCCAGAAGAUGUAUUGAGCGAUCUGGACCCUGAGAGAUUCAACCUCUCCAGCUUUCACGAUCGCAAUCUCGAGAAUAAUGGCCCCACCAACGUCCCGAGAAAAUCCUAUAUGCUGGACGACAGCGGUCUCCACUUCGACGCUUCAUUCUUCAAAGUCAGCGCGGCGGAAGCAGAGGCCAUGGACCCACAGCAGCGUCUUUUGCUGGAGACAACAUACGAGGCUCUCGAAGCAGCAGGAUAUACUCUGAAGCAGAUACGCGGAUCGUCUACUUCUGUCUUUGCUGGCGCGAUGACUUCAGACUAUCAUGACAUUCAAACUCGGGAUCUCGACACAAUUAGUCGGUGGCAUGCCACCGGUACAUCGCCGAGUAUAUUGUCAAAUCGCCUUUCUUACUUCUUUGACCUCAAAGGGCCGUCAAUGACCAUCAAUACAGCCUGUUCAAGCUCAUUGGUGGCAUUGCAUCAAGCAGUCCAGAGCCUCCGCAAUGGGGAAUGUACAACUGCAAUUGUUGCUGGCGUUAAUCUCCUUCUCGACCCCGACACCUACCUCAGUCACUCUAACCUGCACAUGUUGUCUCCAACUUCAAGAUGUCGCAUGUGGGAUAGAGAUGCAGACGGGUACGCUCGAGGAGAGGGGUGCGCAGCGGUUGUAAUCAAGACGCUGGAUCAAGCACUAGAAGAUGGGGACGACGUGGGAUGCAUCAUUCGGGGGACUGCAGUCAACUCGGACGGCCGAUCUGCAGGGAUUACAAUGCCCAACUUGGAGGCCCAGACAAUGUUAAUCCGACAGGCUUACGAACGCAGUGGCUUGGACCCCGUCCGAGACCGAUGCCAAUAUUUCGAAUGUCAUGGCACUGGGACUCAGGCUGGAGAUCCCGUGGAAGCCCAGGCAAUCCAGCAAGCUUUCUAUCCAAAGGACGCCACAUUUGAUCCGAACGACAAACUGCAUGUGGGAAGCAUCAAGACCCUUAUUGGCCACCUGGAAGGGUGUGCGGGUCUUGCCGGUCUGCUGAAGGCUAUUCUGUGCGUCAAAAACCGGACCAUUACACCUAACCUACUCUUCAACAACCUCAAUCCUAGCAUUGCUCCAUUUUACGAGCAUCUUAGCGUGCCAACAAGAACCGUACCAUGGCCCUUCGUUGCCCCUGGUCAUCCCCCGAGGGCGAGCGUGAAUUCGUUCGGUUUUGGGGGGACCAACGCUCACGCCAUUAUCGAGAGUUACAUCCCUCGCCAAUCGCCAAGCGACACCGGUGGCUCUCAGGAGCUGAACUCUGACACAAAUGCCAUACCGACCCCAUUCUUAUUCUCGGCACACACCCAGCACUCCUUGUGUUCAACAAUCGAGAGGUUCACCGAGUACGUGAAAGAGAACGAAGGGAUGAAACUGGAUGAUGUGGCAUGGACACUCGCCAAAAGAUCCAUUCUACCAUUCAGGGUGUCAAUCACGGCAUCAGGCAGAGAGGAGCUUCUUCAAUGCUUGGAACAGGCCAUUGAGGAAUAUAAAGGCAGCAAAGGAAGUGAACCCAAGACUGUUGCACGGAAGCAUUCGUCCGAACCAAAAGAAAUCAUGGGGGUUUUUACAGGACAAGGUGCGCAAUGGCCUCAAAUGGGACAGGAACUUCUACCUAGCCUUUGCGACGGGCCCUCGUGGUCUCUUCAAGAAGAACUUAGGGCGGAAAAACAAUCAUCGCGUCUGUCGAACCCAGAAAUCAGCCAACCAGUAACGACUGCGAUUGAGAUAGCUGUAUACGAUCUUAUGUGCGCAUGUGGAAUCAGUCUGGAUGCGGUUGUUGGCCACUCAUCUGGCGAGAUAGUUGCCGCCUAUGCGCUCGAUAUCAUAUCGGCUGAGGACGCCAUGAAGAUAGCCUACUACCGUGGAUUGAACACUAAACCUGCCCAGUCGGGUGGUAUGCUGGCUGUUGGUCUCUCUUUCCGUGAUGCCAUUCAGCUGUGUUUCCAGGCAUCCCUUUCCGGGAGAAUCGUGGCAGCCGCGAGUAAUGGGCCCGCGAGCACCACAUUAUCGGGCGAUUACGAUGCAAUUCUCGAAGCCAAGGCACUCCUAGAUCAGAAGAAAACAUUUGCCAGAAUGUUACAGGUUGAUGCAGCAUACCAUUCACACCAUAUGGUGGCUUGUGCUGCAGCAUAUCGAAAGUCACUGAAGGCAUGCGACAUCCAUGUGCGGACCCCUAGAAGUGAUUGCACAUGGGUCUCAAGUGUCACAGGGAACAGUGCAACCCUGGACAUUCAACAAUUUUCUUGUGAUUACUGGGUUGAUAAUAUGGUCAACCCUGUGCUCUUCUCACAGGCAGUUGAGAAGACUAUUGGGCAAGCCCGGAGCCUUGGUGUAUGUGUUGAGAUUGGUCCUCACCCGGCUCUCCGUGGUCCUGUCUUGGAUACAUUGUUGUCAAAAUCGAUUUCUAAUAUCCCUUACACUUCCUUCCUUCACAGGGGGCACAAUGAUCUUAAAGCUGCAGCACGCGCCGCUGGUUGCCUCUGGGAAGGGGUUCCUGAACGCUUGGAUAUCGGGAAGGUUCUCCAAGCUUUUGGCAAGCAGUCUCCGAAGCUGAUCAAGGGAUUGCCGACAUACUCAUGGGACCACAGGAACAAGUACUGGAGAGAGUCUCGUGUGGCCCGAAACUAUCGCGUCGGAAGUCCUGAAUUGCACCCGCUUUUGGGUCGGCGAUGUAUUAACGACAUAGGAAACGAAAUGUCCCGGAGAAAUAUCAUUCACCCGGAGCAACUUCCAUGGGUGCAAGGGCACAAGUACAACAGUGAAUGCAUUAUCUCAGCGGCCUUCUAUUUUUCAUCGCUGGUGGCCGCUGCAUGCUCUGCUGCUGAGACCCAAUGUCUCCCAUUACUCCAGGUCAAUGACUUUGUCGCCUUGAACCCAUUGAUCAUCGAUAGUGAUUGCCAGGGCAUAGAAUAUGUCACUACAAUACAUUUCCAAGACCAGAUGUCGGACUCAAAACUUGAUGCCGAGGCCGCCUGUUAUGCUUGCAAUAUCGACGGCUCUAUGAUGAGAAAGUUGUGCACUGCACGCCUCACACUUCGUCUUGACGAUAGCCUCCCUGACUCCGACAGAUUGCCGCCAAGAGAGAAGCGAUACCACACCCUCACACCCGUGGAUGUUGCUGCCAUGUACGAGUCAUUUGAAAAGGCUGGAACCGGCUAUUCUGGACCGUUUCGCAACAUCACUUCGAUCCAGCGCGGUUUAGGUCACGCAACUGCCUCUGCCUCAUGGGGUCCUGAAACAGGCAUUUCAGGAUGCUCGUUUCACCCCGCUAUGCUGGAGUCCUCAUUCCAAACAAUGCUGUGCGCCUUUGCCUCGCCCCUCAGCAAGAGAAUGUGGACUUCAUUUAAUCCAAUGGAGAUUCGUCAGGCUCUUGUUACCCCUGGACUUGUAUCAACGAGUUCUUCAUGCGAAAUCGAUGCAUUUGUGACCGCGUCUGGGGACAGUGAGGUAGUGGGCGAUGUUUCGUUCCACAGUGAAAGUGGAAGCACCAUGGUCCAGAUAGAAGGCUUGGUCAUGAAAAGUGAUCGUGAUCCUGACAAAUCUACCGACCGAAAUAUAUUCUCUCAUUUGGUGUGGGAAAUUGACCCUUUUGGGUAUCCGGUGAUUCCUUCCAACCGCGGUUCAGAAAAUAAGUCGGCAGGGUUAGAUGAAGCAAACAUGGUUGCCCUCUAUUACUUCCAAAAAGCACUGUAUGAGAUCGAUCCAUUCGAAGUACCUGGGUUUAUGCCUCAUCACCAACACCUGUACCGUGAAAUUCGCCGGAUUGUUACCACCGAGGACUCGGGCUCUCCAUCCACAAUUUAUCAAUCAGGUGGAUCUGAGGACAGUAUUCAGGAGAAAGUCACCGGUUCGGGGAACAGAAUUCAUCUGGAGUCAAUCCAUUCACUGGGCAAAGCACUACCUGCUAUACUGCGAGGAGAGGUUAACCCUUUUGACCUGCAGAAUGGUGUUGGUAGUCUUGGGCAUUUAUACCAGAGUUGGGGGAUCCUUUCUGAAAUGAAGGUAAACAUAUGUAACACGCUGAAGCGCAUUGUACACAAACACCCUCACAUGGAGAUCCUGGAGCUUGGCUCCGAUCCUGGCAUAGCCACACAGCAAAUCCUGGAAGAACUUAAUGGCAACUAUGCUUCCUAUUGUUUAAGUGGCUCAGAUCCAACAUUACUUGGCGAACAGAUGAAAUUGCUUUCCAUUCAGCAUCAGAAUCUGAAAGCCAGGCUAAUUGAUCUGACCACCGCCAGUAUCCCAGAGCCUGGCAGCGACAUGUAUGACAUGGUACUCGCUGCCAAUCCGCUCCAGGCAACUGGAAACCCCACCAGUCUCUUCGAGCGCUGCCGCAAGAUGUUAAAACCAGGUGGUUACCUUAUAUUUGCGAGAGUCACUGGUCGCAUCCCGAGUUCUUUGUUAUGCACCUUUGGGCUGUUUCCCGAGUGGUGGCAAGGCUACGAUCAAAGCAUGCAGGCGUGGCCAGAAAUGGCAUCUGUUCAAUGCGACAGACAGCUACGGUCUGCGGGAUUUGCGGGCAUCGAUCAUAUAUUCCCCAGCUCGCCUCUUCCAGAUGAGGGUGAUCUUUCGGUAAUAGUCACCCAGGCGGUGGAUGACACCGUUGCGAUGCUUCGAGAGCCGAUGAGUUCGAUCGGGCUGGCGCCACCGACUGAUAUUAUUGUCCUCAUUGGAGGUAAAACUCUCCCGGUAUCGCGCUUGCUUCAUAGCAUUCGAAGGGUUCUCGCUGCUUCUGGUGCCACGACCGAGAUUGUGGAAGACCUUGACGAGUUAGAGCUGAAGAGCCUUCCAGGGGAAUAUUCAAUCAUUUCUCUGACUGAGCUUGACCAGCCAUUCUUCUCCAAUUCUAUGUUCCAUGAAAAAGUCAUAGCUUUCAAAGAGCUUGUGCAAAAGUCCAAGCAUGUUCUUUGGCUGACAGCUGGGGACAUGGCAGUCAGCCUGGCUGUUGGGAGAGCGAUGAGAUCAAAAGCCAGCGACAAUGCCCACCUACAAUUGCUGGAACUGUCUACGGUGACAAAGGUGCCACCUGCAUUUAUAGUCGAAGUCUUCUUGCGUCUCACCUGGUCCUCAUUACCUACGCUGAUGGAUGGGAAAACGCUUUGGACAAAUGAGCCCGAGUUGUACUGGGAUGGAUCCACGCUACGUAUUCCACGUGUCGUACAGGACCACGAGCGAAAUAAGCGAUACAGUUCGGAGUGCCGAAAGAUCAGCCCAGUUGCUUCUUCUUCACAUGUUCCAGUCACAACUCUGGCAAUGAACGAUGUGCCAGUUUCGAUUGAUGUCCAGGUCAUGUAUUCCAUUCUUCUUUCUGAGGACGUGUAUCUCUGGCUGGGAACAGCCACCACUGGAAGUGAGAACAUGAUCGGCUUUUCUGAAAACAUCUCAUCAGUGAUUCAAGUCAAUCCUGAUAGUGUUCACACCAUCUCCCUUGACGGAGAUGAUCUGAGUCCAGAAAAUUUGCGAGCGAUUGCCAGCUUCAGCUUAGCACUCUUGCUGGUGAAGUCAUCAUCAGGGCCUAUGAUAAUUUAUCAGCCUGAUGAGCUACUCGCCACUGCUAUCCAUCAAGUUCGCCAGACUGAUCGAAAAGUGUACUUUGUCACUUCAAAUCGUACUUAUCCGCCGAAAGGGUGGAUCGCAAUCCAUCCCCACGCAUCGCAACGGAUGAUUCAACGAGUGCUGCCAAGAAAACUGUCAAACUUCGUCGAUUUAUCCUGCUGCGAUGACAACGUUGGAACUAGGCUUCGCACUCUCUAUCAUAAGAUCUUAGUUCAUCCUGAGAGUUUAUAUCGGCUUGCGUUGCUUACAACUCCUAAGGAGCUUAUCGCGGAAGCCUAUACUCAAACAUGCAUCAGCUUGUCGACUCUUCCACGAGUGGACCUGGAGCUUGUUCCAUCCGCAGAGACCUCAUCAAGCAACCGAUCACUCAAUCAUUCCAGGGUGGUAGACUGGACAAGUCUUGCUCCAGUAAUGAGGCAGAGUGAAUGCCAAGAUCCUUUCCCUAUGUUCUCCUCGACCGGAACAUACUGGAUGAUCGACAUGGUAUCACCACUGGGAUUGUCAGUUGUGACAUGGAUGGCGAGAAACGGCGCCCGAACAUUUGUCCUCGCUGAUAGAAGGCCACGCGUGAACAAAGCUUGGCUCGAGGAAAUGAAUCGUCUAGGAGCUACCGUCAAGGUCAUGAAGAUGGACGCUUCAAACAAAGAGUCCGUUCUGUCCGCCUUUGGCCAAAUUAAGGAAGCUUCACCACCUAUUGUUGGUGUCUGCUAUGCUCCUUUGGCUCUGUCUCACGAAGGGUGUGAAUAUACCCUCGAAGACGAGCGAGUGGUUGUCCCAAACGCAAAGAUCGACGCAGCGAUGUACCUUGACGGGUUGUUUUCUAACCCAACACUGGACCUUUUCGUGCUCUUUACAUCCCUUGUGUCGGUCAUUGGGACACCAAAGCAGGUGUCACAUCAUGCUUCUGCGCCAUUCAUGUCAGGUGUCAUUCAACGGCGGAGGAAGAGAGGCUUGGUGGGGUCCAUGUUGUCGCUGGGUAUAGUCGUCGACGCUGGCUACUUUGCUAGGCAGGACAAGGAGGCUAUCCAGCACAUGGUUCAUCAAGGGUAUUCACCUCUCUCUGAAACUGACUUACAUCAUGGCUUUCGUGAAGCGAUAGCAGCAGGUAGACCCGAGAGGCAAGAGAAUCCUGAGGUGUUUCUUGGACUGCAGAAAGUCGAUUUACAGAGUGACCAAGACUGUCAAUUGUCGUGGAGCUCAAGUCCUUUACUUUCUCACUUCACUACCAAGGUCGAUCAGGUGAGACCAGAGCAAUCGGCGGAAGAGCAUUCGUCAUCAGUUCUUCAUCCAGAAAAACAGUCACAAGAAUCGGAGCCGGAACAAAAUACAUCUGAUGUGCUACUGGAACGCUUAGCAGACAAGAUUGCAUCAAUGCUCCGACUACCAGCAGGAACAUUGGAUAUACACACUCCGCUUCUUGAUCUUGGUUGUGAUUCGCUUUUUGCCGUGGAUAUCCAGACAUGGUUUGCGAAGGAGCUUGACAUUCACAUUUCCGCAAUGGAUGCGCUACUAGCUACCGUCGCAGGGCUGUGCCAGAAAGCUAUUCCCCAGCCAGAUACUCAUGCUUCAGUGCCACAGAAGGAAGAUCAGUAUGUGGAAGAGAGCGACUCUACAGAUGUCACAACACUUACUUCCAACUCUCAACAAGACAACUCGAGUAAAGACCUUUUGGACAAAAGCAGUAGCUCACAAUCAUCGUGUGACUCCCCUUCUUCUGAAUCCUGGUGCGAAUUGCAGCCAAGCAUCACAGAGACAAGGUUUACCCGUGUGGAGAAGAUGUCUCCUGAUCAGUCCCAGAUCUGGUUCGCAGGCCAUUGGAUGGCGGACCCAAACCAGUACAAUGUCGUGAUAUCCUACAAUGUUCAUGGAAACUUCCAGUUCGAAAAGUUCCAAAGGGUUCUGGAGCAAGCGGUAUUCCGGCACGAGUCCCUGCGCACAGCCUUCUUUACAGAUCCAAACACUGGUGACCUCCUCCAGGGUGUUUUGACAACGCAACCACCCUUUUUCAAUCAUGUCACAAGUUCUGAGCAAGGCUCUGUGUCAGAGGAAUUUGACAAAUUGGCAUCCUAUCAGUGGCGACUGGAACAGGGCGAAGUCAUUCGAGUGACCGUAGUGUCGGUGGGACAGGACCAGCACACAGUCAUAUUUGGAUACCACCAUAUUGUCAUGGAUGGGGCUAGUUGGUCCGCAUUCUUGAAUGAUGUGAAGUGUUUCUACAAAGGAAGCCCACUGUGUGAGGUUGGGCAGUAUGUCGAUUACUCGCUACAGUUGAAUUGUGCCAUUGACGAUGGAGCAUUCGCAAAAGAGCUAGAGUACUGGAAACAUGAACUUUCACCACCACCGGAGGCUAUGCCUGUCCUUCCGUUUGCUAAAAGCAACACGCGGGAGGCGACAGACAAUUUCAAGAUGCACACAGCAUCGCGACACAUAAACAUCGCAGUCGCCGACAUGAUCAAGCACACAAGUCGCAGUCUCCGGGGCACGCCGUUCCACUUCCACCUAGCAACACUGCAGGUCCUUCUUGUUAGAUUGCUAAAGAUCGAGAAUCUAUGUAUCGGUAUGAGCGACGCAAAUCGAAAAGAUCAGCAGUUCGUCAACACGGUCGGCUAUUUCCUGAAUAUGUUGCCACUCAGGUUCCAUGUCAAGCAAACGGACAGCUUUACCAACGUAUUCCAGAACACGUCCUCCAAGGUGCUGACGGCAAUUUCAAACUCCUCAAUUCCUUCCAACUUGGUCAUUGAUGAGCUAAAGAUCCCGCGAGCAUCGAACGUAACACCUCUCUUCCAGGUUGCAUUGAACUACCGUGUGGGAGAGAUCACCAGGAUGUCAGUGGAGGACUUUGAGCUCAAUUACGAUCGGAGUGUGAUGGGAAAUGCACCCUAUGAUAUGUCCUUCCAUGUCACUCCUUGCGCGGAUGGCACCUGUAUAGUUGAACUCAACUGUCGGGAUUAUUUGUACUCGCCCCAAGCCACGGAAUUAACUAUGGAUACAUAUGUCCGUCUACUGGAGACGCUGUCCUCGGAUCCGUCACAUUCUGUCCAGAGCAGUCUGCCCUCGGUAAAGCCGGUCAAUGAGGAUGGUCUUUCUGUUCACCGUGGUCCUCGACAAUGUCACGACUGGCCUUCGACGCUGUCAGAAAGGUUCCAGAACAUGGCCGAUCAAUACGGAGAUAGGGUCGCCGUCACGGACGACACAGGGGAGUUUACCUACUCGCAACUUCACGCGCAAAGCACUCAUAUCGCAAAAGCUCUUCUCCAGAGAGGGGUUGCGUCUGGUGAUAAAGUCGCAGUCUUGUGCCACCCCUCCGUGAGCUCGGUGGCGAGUAUGCUCGCCAUUCUCCGCAUUGGAGCUGUAUACGUGCCCUUAGAUCUGAGCCUCCCUCCGGCAAGACAUAAGGCCAUGAUGGAGGCUGCUGCCGUGACCGCUAUUAUCUGCAUGUCUUCGAGGGCUGAAAUAGCGUCCGAAUUAAAGACCUCAGUCGUUAUCAACGUUUCCGAGGUACUCUUCACUGAAGCCUCGCCUAUGGAAUCAAUUAGUGACGAUAUCAAUGGCAAUUCUCUGUCCAUUUUGCUAUACACAAGCGGGUCAACGGGACAGCCCAAGGGAGUCUGUCUGCCUCAAGUUGGUUUUAUCAACUACUUAGCGGCCAAGCAGAAAGAACUCGGUCUAGAUAGCUCGACGGUUGUGCUACAGCAAAGCUCGCUGGGAUUCGACAUGGGGCUCGCCCAGACUUUCAAUGCGAUUAUGAACGGUGGAAAGCUCGUUAUCGUGCCUCAGGAAGUACGAGGAGACUCAGUUGAAAUAGCGAAAAUCAUGCGUGAUCACGGAGUCAGCUUCACGCUGGCCACUCCGUCGGAGUACCUUGUCAUGAUCCAGCACGGUCGCGAAUAUCUCUCUCAAUACACUGGAUGGAAGCAGGCAUGUUUGGGUGGUGAGCCUUUUACGGAUCAACUGAAACGGGAGUUCGCUCGGCUGGGAAAGAACUGUCCUAUCGUGCAAGACUCCUAUGGUGUGACCGAGAUAUCCGCAUGCACGACUUUCCAGACGAUGUCUGCGUCAGAACUGGAAGAAACACGCAGUGUUGGACGAACAAUCUCAAACACGUCUCUUUAUAUAGUGGGUCCGGACUUCAAUCUUGUCCCCACUGGAGAGACUGGAGAAAUCUGUGUCGGUGGUGCCGGAAUUGCACUGGGUUAUAUUGACGAGAAGCAGACUAAGCUGAAAUUCGUCGAAGAUCCAUUUGCUCUACCUGAAGAUAUAGCCAGAGGAUGGACUCGAAUGUACCACACCGGCGACAAAGGUCAAUUACACAAGGAUGGCUCUCUAAUCCUCCUGGGUCGGAUGAACGGAAACACGGAGAUCAAGCUUCGCGGGCUUCGCAUCGAUCUAGAAGACGUGGCUUCUACUAUGCUAAACUGUCACCCGGAUUUGCUUUCGUCUGCGAUCGUGUGCGUGAAGGACCAAGGUGACUCAGAAACACUUGUCGCUUUCGUUGCUCUGAACCCUGGGCAAAUGGCCAGUCAUGCUGAGCUGCAACAUCUCGCCAGCAGUCUUCCUUUGCCGCAGUACAUGCAUCCCGCCGCUGUUAUCUGUCUAGAGGAGCUACCUCGGAAUCCAAACGGCAAAGUUGAUCGAAAACGAAUAGAGGCCAUGCCAUGGACUGCUCCAACCGCCACGACUCAACCAUCGAAACGCUUAACUUUGGGUGAAGGUGAGCUCAAGCUUCUUUGGCAGAAUCUCCUUUCUGGUCAGCAAAUCCAGCCGGAGUCCGACUUCUUCCUUCUCGGAGGAAAUUCGCUACUGUUGGUCAAACUGCAAGGUGCUAUCCGGAAUUCCGUCGGGGUUUCGCUCACACUCCGAGAGCUUUACAGUGCCAGCACACUCGCGUUGAUGGCAGUCAAGGUCCAGGCGCGAAAGGCCGAAGUACCGUCGACGUCGGUAAACUGGCUGGCAGAAACAGCGAUACCACCUAAUGUCCUGAACUACGUGAGCUCUAUCCCGAGAAGAGAGAUGACCCGGCGUUCUCAAGGAUCUGGCUGUGAAAUCCUCCUUGCCGGGUCGACAAGCUUUCUUGGAAGGGUAUUGGCGCAGACCCUCCUCCAGGUGCCCGAGGUGCAGAGAUUACAUUGCAUCGCCGUGGACAAGGAGCAAGGACAUGUCCUCCCCACCAGUGACAAGAUAUCGGUAUAUCACGGAACCCUUCUUGAUCCCAUGCUCGGCUUGUCCAGCACAAAAUGGGCGUCACUGCAGCGAUGUAUUGACGUAGUGAUUCAUGGCGGCUCCAACGGGCACUGUCUCAACACGUACAACUCUUUGAAGGGUCCGAAUCUUGGCUCUACCCAUCGUCUUGCCGAAUUUGCUCUCCAAGCCCAGAUUCCGCUCCAUUACAUUUCUUCCGGGCGAGUCAUCCUCCAGUCCGGGCAGACGUCCCUAGGGCCCGUCUCAUUGUCUCUGCACCCCCCUCCUCUAGACGGAUCCGAUGGUCUGACCGCCACAAAAUGGGUAAGUGAAGUCUUCCUCGAGCGUUUGGCGGAGGAGAGUGGCGCGAGCAUCAGUAUCCACCGUCCCUGUACGCCUAUCGGCGAUCAAGCUCCUGCCCAGGACGCACUGAACUCCCUUCUCCGCUAUUCCGCCACUCUCGGAGCGACCCCUCGCCUGACAAGAAUGGAAGGAUACUUGGACUUUCAGAAAGUAGAGACCCUCGCCAAGGAUAUCGCCACGCUAGUGAUCUCAAGGUUCACCGAGGCUUCCCCCCGACCGUCGUUAACACCAUCCGGGGUGUCCUUUUUCCACCAUUCCAGCAAUGUCAGGGUUCCUGUGAAAAGCUUCAAGGAAUACAUGGAGAAAGUGCACAAUCGACCGUUCCAGGAGCUUAGCCUGCGUGAUUGGAGCUCCCUCGCACUGGAAGGGGGGAUCGAGCCCCUUAUUCCGAGCUUUUUGGAGGCCGUUGAUGACAACCAGGACACUUUGCGAUAUCCGUAUUUAGGACGGUGAAACACUCGAUAUUAGGCCCUUCGUUG